AACUAGAGCCAAGUGGACAAGUUUAGUUGUGUUUAAUUUUUUUUUUUACAUGGAAUAAAGGACUUUUGGUCCUCAGGACAAUACAAUGAUUGAGUCCGUCCCCAAAAAUUCGGCUAGGGAAUCUGGGGAGAAGCUUUGCUUCGAUAAAAAUGAGUUCUUGAAAACAAAUUUUUCGGUGGACGAUUUCCUGCAUAAAAAUCGUAAUGUAUCUAGUUUGGAGCUAUUACGCGAUGAUUUGGGAUUGUAUCUGAAAAGUCUUAGGGCAUCUAUGAUAGAUCUAAUCAACGAAGAUUAUGCCGACUUUGUUAGCCUGUCGGCGAAUCUUGUGGGGCUAGAUCAGUCAAUUGAUACAAUACAAAAACCUUUGGAAGAAUUUCGAGAAGAAAUUCUAAGCAUUCAAAGUAUGAUAGAUGAAAAUGUAUCGGAAAUACGUGAAAAACUGGAAGCAAAGCGGCAACUGAGAAAUCUAAGAAGGAAUUUGCAAAGUCUAAAAAAGGUAUAUGAAACCACACGCAAACUGGAAGACCUUUUGGCAAAUCAAUUGAGGGAGGAAGUAAAGACUGUAGAUUUGGAAAGAGCUGCCUUGGACUUGGUGCAAUUGAAAUUCAAUGAGAAAUUUUGUAACGAGUAUUUAAGUGCAGAAGCGCAGACCAAUAUACGUAGACUUGAGUCUGAGGUACAUAAGAAGCUGCGUGCCCUAUUUGCUGAAUCUUUGAAAAUUGCCAAUGCCACUUGUUCGGAAUCGCUGGAACGGUGCCUACGAAUCUACAUAACACUAGAUGCCUGUACAAUGGCUGAGAUGGCUUUCAAGGAAGAUAUUGUAGCACCUUACAUGUCCGAAAUAUUAACCGAGCAUAACCUACAACAGACACCACAAGGAUUAGCGGGUAUUUAUAGUAAAGUUUUGAAUUUCAUAUCACUGCAUAUGACGGAUUUGUUGCGCCUGACCCAAUAUACGGACAAGUUACGGGGUUUUAACUUUGUGGUCAAUAGCUUCUGGUCCGAUGUGGAAAUGCGUUUGGAAAAUCACAUGUCCUCAAUAUUUGCUCCUGGCAACUCGGAAGUGUUCUAUGCCAAGUAUAAAUGCACGCGUGAUUUUCUAAGUAAGAUCGAGGAGUUAUUGGCUACCGAGGACUCCAUUGAAGUUAUCAAACAACACAAACAAACGAAAAGUUUUGAAGCACGUUGGAAUCUGCCAGUGUAUUUCCAAAUAUGUUUUCAAGAAAUUGCUGGAAAAUUCGAAGCUACAUUGGAGCCACCCUUAACUGAGGAUGCUUUAAAUACCAAUUCUGCCCAUUUCCAAUUCAAAACAUUCAGUAAAGCCAUGCAAGCAAUAGAAUCGUGCUGGUCAGAAGGGGUUUUUCUGAUUGAGCUCUUUCCAAAGUUCUAUAAGCUGCAUAUACAAAUACUGCUGCGAUUGUCCCAUUGGAUAAAAGUAGUUUUGAGUUUAAUUACCUCCAAGAGUAACACGACGAUGGCAUCUUUGAAGUUUAAAAACAUCACUUUGUUAACAGCUCUUCAUUCCGAUAUCAACAAAUUAUUAAGCGUUUUAGCAGAUCAAGAACAUCAACUUGUAUCGCAACACCUAAAACCAACAUCUGUGCCGAAGUUACAGCAAAAUCAGUUGGAAUUCAUACGAAACGCUGUAUCGAAAUCAUUCGAAGAUAUAAAGAAAACAUUUUCCCAACAUUUGCUUGAAAUUCAACGAGCUCUGGUUGAGAAUGUGGUUCAAGAAUGUGGUCCUGAGAAUGUGAAACAAGUCAAUGAUUUGCCACGCUUGUAUCGCAAAACAAAUCGUGAUGUGCCGACACGUUGUUCAGCUUAUGUGGAACAAAUGUUAAAGCCUCUGAAAAAUUUCAAAGAAGAAUUCGGAGACAAGUUGGGCGAUACUGUAGUGCGCCGUAUUUUGGAGCAGGUGUUAAACAAAAUUACUACAGACUAUUUGGAUGUCGUUAAGGAAGUUCUGACAUCUGUUCAAAAGACCGAAGAAUCUUUGCGCCGUUUACGCAGUCUCAAAGGCCAACAACCAACAUUGACAGGUGGUGCCACCAUGUCGGACGAUGAUAAAAUACGCCUCCAAUUACGUGUUGAUGUCUCCUCCUGGACCACUGAAUUGUCCAAAUUAGGUUUUAUGCCUAGUGAUGUGGAACAGUUAAUGGAACUAAACAACAUUGUCGAAGAUAGCAUUAAAGUAAGCAAAUAAUCAACAAAAAAAUUAUAAUAAAAACAAUUAAUGCAAUAUA